AUGUAUUUUGAUUUACAAAGAUUUAAGAUCGACUUUUCACUAUUACCAUGUGUCGAAAGCGAUCGUUAUUGUCAUUAUUCAAGCGGAUGUUUAUCAAAAUGUGAAAAUCAUUGCAUUCGUCAAUAG